AUGAGCAACUCGACCUCCAAGACAUCUACCACCGAGCAGACGAAGGACUCGGCCGCGACUCCUGAGGCCGUCCUCUACCUGCGCGGCCACAGGGACGCGAUCGACGCUCACGCGGCACACCAGCAAACCAGCGCGCCCGAUGCCACACCGUUGCGAACAGAUCGCAACUACCGAGCCGCUUACACUGGACCCGCCCCUGGUGAGAAAGAUGACGCAGAAUGGGUUUGUUUUGUAUUGAAGCGGCACAGGGUCAGCUUGCUGAUGUGUAUCGAACGAAUCACCUCCUAUCCUUCGUUCAGAUUGGUGGCCUCAAGGGGAAGCGAUACCGAACUACCGACCUGUUGACCGAACACUUGCGGGACCCGACAGGUCAGUAGUUUUUUGGCGGCAUAGCCGGGGGGACUUCAAACGCGAGGAGGAAUGCUGAUGUACCUCACCUAACAUUUCCUCCGUUCAGGCCCUUCGGAGCGAACACUGGCGAGAACGUGUUCCUCUACGUGAUGUUCUCCGGCAUUUACACCCUUCACCGGGUCAAUGGGUUGUGGAAGAACACAAUCGGACGUUUCACGGACAAGCUUUGGGUGUACCCAGUCGGAGGAGAAUUUUGA